AUUUGUAACCUAUAAAGGAAAUGAUUCUCUGUAUUUCAAGAGAAAAUGAGAAGGCUGAUUCUUCCUAUUAAGUGGAAGACUGUAACUGGCUACUCACACCAUGUAGCUAAGGAACAUAAACCUCAGAGGAUUGCUGCCUUAACUCUAUAUUUGGGGGCGAGCUAGGGCACUGGCCUUCCACACAAUACAACUCCACAUUGUUAGUGUUGAGCAUUGGUGACUUUAUUAUUAAAAAAAUGAGUCUUUCUGGGAAGCUGGAAACCGAUGUUGAGCUCAAGGCUUCUGCUCAACAGUUCCAUGAAGUACUCUGCAGCAGACCUCACCACAUCUCCAACGUCUCCCCUUCUAAGAUCCAGGGAGUCCAGUUGCACCAAGGUGAAUGGGGCAAGGAAGGUUCUGUCAUCAUCUGCAACUAUAUCCAUGAUGGGAAGGCUAAAGUAUCUAAGGAGCAGGUGGAGAAAAUAGAUCCAGUAAACAACUCAGUGACUUACAAGGUGAUUGAAGGGGAUCUGUUGAACGAGUACAAGAGCUUCAAAAUCACAGUUCAAGUUACGCCCAAGGGAACUGGCAGUGUGUCACACUGGACAUAUGAAUAUGAGAAGCUGCAUCCUGGUAUUUCGCACCCUGAGACACUCCUCCAGUUUGCAGCCGAACUCUCUAAGGAAAUCGAUUCCCACCUCACCAGUGCUAAAUAGACAAAUAUUGUCACAUAUCGGUGCUACUACUUUAAGCAUAUGCUAAAUAAGAGUAAUAUGUAGCAUCGAUCCGAUCGAGUGGUUAUGUGUUGCAUGAAUGUUUUAAGUCAUAUAUAUUUGGAAUAAAUAUGUAACUUAAUU